UCCGCCAAAUCCAAGUAUCCAACGGCUUAGAAACCUUAGAAGAAAAAAAACAUUUUGUGUGGUCUAUACCAAACAACAUUAUUAAAUCAGUCCACCUCAUUUCUUGCAACCCCGUGCUUCUCGUGAUGCUGCUUUGAGAAAUUUGACCAGCAAGAAAAUCUCUCUCAACAUGGCGACAACGGGAAGUAGCAUUUCAGAAACACCUCUGUUACUCUCAACUCAUGAUGAUAACGGAAACCACAAGACACAGAGAUGGUGGAACAAAGUCUUGGACAUGGAGGAAGCCAAACAUCAACUCAUGUUUUCACUGCCAAUGAUUCUUACAAACUUGUUCUAUUACUUAAUCACUUUGGUUUCUGUCAUGCUUGUUGGUCACCUUGGUGAGCUUCAGUUAGCCGGUUCUACUCUCGCUCAUUCCUGGUUUAGUGUCACCGGCUCCGCUGUUAUGGUUGGUUUAAGUGGUUCACUAGAAACACUCUGUGGACAAGGAUUUGGUGCAAAGGAAUAUCACAUGUUGGGAAUUUAUUUACAAAGCUCCUGCAUCAUAUCGUUUAUUUUUUCAAUCAUUAUAUCCGUUAUUUGGUUCUAUACACAACACAUUCUUGUGUUUCUUCAUCAAUCACAAGACAUUGCUAGAACAGCAGCACUCUAUAUGAAGUUUCUUAUACCAGGAAUAUUUGCAUAUAGUUUCUUGCAAAACAUCUUGAGGUUUCUACAAACACAAUCUGUAGUCAUGCCGCUGGUUUACCUUUCAGCUAUUCCAGCUUUGCUUCAUGUGGGAAUUGCUUAUGGGUUUGUUGAAUGGGCAGGUUUGAAUUUCAUAGGUGGACCUAUUGCAACUUCUGUUUCGAUGUGGAUAAUAAUGAUAUUGUUAGGCUUAUAUGUCUUGUAUGCAAAGAAGUUCGAGAAAACGUGGAGAGGAUUUUCAAUGCAGUCAUUUCAUUACUUGUUUGCAAACAUGAAACUUGCUCUGCCUUCUGCAGCAAUGGUGUGUUUGGAGUAUUGGGCUUUUGAAAUUAUGGUUUUCCUAGCUGGAUUACUGCCUAACUCACAAAUCACAACUUCAUUGAUUGCAAUAUGUGCAAAUACAGAAUCAUUUGCUUACAUGAUCACUUACGGUCUUGGUGCAGCUGCAAGUACAAGAGUUUCCAAUGAAUUGGGAGCAGGCCACCCAGAAAGAGCUAAACAUGCAAUGAGAGUCUCUCUAAAGCUCUCUCUUCUCCUUGGAUUGGGUUUUGUUUUGUUACUUGUAUUUGGUCAUGAUUUAUGGAUUCAGCUGUUUAGUAAUAGUCCUGUUAUCAAAGAGGAGUUUGCUUCAAUAACACCCUUGCUUGCUAUUUCAAUAUUACUAGAUUCUGUCCAAGGUGUCUUAUCAGGGGUGGCUAGAGGAUGUGGUUGGCAGCAUUUAGCUGUUUAUGUCAACCUUGCAACUUUUUAUCUCAUUGGUUUACCAAUCUCAUGUCUCCUCGGAUUUAAGACCAAUUUGCAAUAUAAGGGUUUAUGGAUUGGUAUGAUUUGUGGGCUGGUGUGUCAAGCUGGGGCACUCUUACUUUUAACAAGGCAUGUCAAAUGGACUAAACUGAACCUCUCAGAGAACAAAGAUAAUGACCAACCUAUUGUUGUUUGACAAUUGAAUGUAUGCAAACUAUAACUCGUGAGAUUCAGGCUUGGAGUGCGCUGAAGACUUUCGAACGUUGAAGCAAACACAGACAAAAAUUAUGAUCACAACUUGUAGUAAACAUGGAUAGUAAAGAAGCUAUUAGAAUAUACAGGCUCUUAUUGUAAGUUGUAACCAUGUAAUAAAUAAUACCAAUAGAUUCAACUAAUUCACUCACCAGAAAAGUUAACUAAUGUAAAUAAAGUU